CCAUAAAAAGUGAAAUUUUUGGAAGAGGAACAAAAUCAAUGAAGAGCUUUUACCACUUCAGCCAUGAACAUCAAUUGGAACAGACCAGGUCACCACCCCCUAAAGAAAACAUCAGCUGCUCAGGCUGCAAGCUCAAGAUAUUGUCAGACAAAGACUUUUACACCUGCAAAACCUGUCCAUUUUUCCUUCACCAGGUCUGCUACAACAUGCCUAGAAAAACCCAACACCCUGCUCAUCCAAACCACUAUCUAACCCUCCAUUCAAACGCUUUAACUUCCAAUGGGAAUUUGCAGUGCAGGGCUUGUGGAGGUCAUGUUAAUGGCUUCUAUUAUGCUUGUGCUAAAAUUGGCCAUUACUAUCAUACUCUAUGCUUAGCACUGCCUCUUUCCAUUGCAGUUUCAUCCCACACCCACAAGCUCAAACUGGCAUAUUCAUCCCCAUAUGAUUUCUGCUGUGAUAUUUGUACUAAACCCGGUUACAAGAUUCGUUGGCUUUACAGGUGCCAAAUCUGUGAAUAUGAUACACAUCUUUCAUGUGUCAUAUCUAAUGGAAAAGAGCAAUUUUCUCUUCAGCAUUCAAUCACACCAUUCCCCAAUACUUCGACUACAAGGCAGAGUUCAUAUUUUUCAACAGCUCUUGCUGGGAUUGACAGACCACUGGAUUACAUCGGCGAAGCCAACGAAUUAAUGCAGUUGGUAACUCAGGCAGUUGUAGUGGCUGGAGGAGAUUAUCAGGGAUUACAAUGCCAAAGACCAAGUCCAUCCACUCCUGGUUCAGAAGAUCUGAGCAUAAAUCCAAGUUAUCAAUUCAGUGAUGCAUGUUUCUCAAUAGAUUUGGAAAGGUCUUAUUCGAACUAUAAUCAGGCAAAUAUUCAAGCUAUUAAUCAUCAAGUGGCAAAGACUAAUAUUCCUGAAGUUCAUGGAGCUAAUUUUAGACAUGUAAAUACUGGGAUUCCAAAUAUGAAGUUGAUGAAACAACCCAGUUUUGCUAAUGGGACAACAACCAUUUAUCCUCUUAAUGUGGGACCUGCAGAGGGUAAUAGAAUGAAAGAAGCUUUCUUGAUCAGAAGUGGGAGUGCUCUUGCAUGUGAUGAAUUGGUUCAAAAGGAGAAGAUGAAGAGGAAAGCUAAGGAAAAUAAGCUCAAGUUGGGUCCUGGAAAUGAUCAAAUCACAAAAUCAGAUGCAGUUAUGUCUAGCCGUUCAAGUUGGCAGAACCUCCUUUCAUGCUGCUAUUAUAAUCCCAAGGCAUGAAAGAAAGUACCAAAACUGCACAGAUGGAUUGGGUACAAAGUAUGAUCAUGGAAAACUAUAUUUUCUUUUCCUAUAUGGAUGUGUGCGAAAACUUUAUGUACUAUUACUGCAUGUUUUACAACUGGAAAUCGAUUUCAUAUGUUAAUAUUUUUUUUUUUCUUGAAUAAUUCAUCAA